CCACUUGUUGUGAUCUAUUCCCGCACAGCCCAGGUGCCAGGUUUGCCCCACGCGAGUGGCGACUCCGAACGGCGGCCGGUUGCGGGACAGUUCCCGGCCGGCGGCGACCCUCCCAGCUCCCGCCGCCCUACCGCUGCACCUCUGCGCCCCUGUCCUCGGUGGCUCACUGUUGAAUCGGCAGGCGGUGCCCCCUCCCUGCUUAAGGCGGCCCGCCCCGCUACAGCACAAGCCUUUGCGCCCCUAAUCCAAGCAUCCCUAGGCGGGCUCACCGUCGAAUUGGCCGGCCGGCUUUCUGCAUCCCAGCAAGAUUCAAUCGUCGGUGAAGAGCGCGAUGUCGGAAUACCAGAACGUUGUUGGGGGGAGGCUGAAGCUGAAGGGUAAAGCGCUGGACGUGAAGGAAGGUGGAGUCAAGAAAAAGAAAAAGAAGAAGCAUCAGCUUGAGGAGUCGUCUCAGAUUGAGCAUGAUGAGCUCCAGAAAGGCAGAAACUCUGAUUUACCAACUGAUCCCAACAAUGAGCUGGUUGAAGCUGACAAGAUGGGAGAUGAAGAAGGGAAUCCACAUCCUGACUAUGACCAUCUCACACCAGCAGAGCGACGCUACAUGGAACAGAAGCAGAAGAUUGACAUGCACAAGAUGGCCAAAGUUGCCAACAAGUCGCACAGGGACCGCAUCCAGGACUUCAACCAGUAUCUGGCAAACCUCAGCGAGCACUACGACAUCCCCAAAGUUGGCCCUGGCUAACAUAACCAACGCACGGUCCAUCCAGCUUUAUGUUAUUACGUUAUGUAUGAUUAUUAUAUGUGGUAAAAUGAGCUGUUGCCACCGGAAGACGGUAUUUUUAUUUCAAAAGCUUUAUUUUAGCUA